AUGAAGAAACAAGGUUGUGAGAUUGAAGCAAUAGGCAUAAACUACAAAGUAUGCACACAGAAAGGACAGAUUCUUGGAACAAAACAAUCAAAAAUCAACAAGAAAUCAAUCCGGCAAGUGCUUCAAGAUGUUAAUUGUCGAGCAAAACCAUGGGAAAUUCUCGCCGUUGUCGGUCCUAGUGGCGCCGGAAAAUCCUCAUUGCUAGAAAUCCUCGCCGGAAAACUCACACCACAAUCUGCAUCCAUUUAUGUUGAUCAAAACCCGUUCGAUAAAACCCAUUUCAAGAAGAUUUCAGGCUAUGUUACCCAAAAGGAUACGUUAUUUCCACUCCUUACAAUUGAAGAAACCUUGAAAUUCAGUGCAAAGCUCCGGCUAAAGCUGCCGGAAUCGCAGCUGAGUUCAAGGGUCAAGUGCUUGAUUCAGGAACUGGGGUUGAGUCACGUUGCCGGAGCACGAGUCGGCGAUGACCGAAUCCGGGGCAUUUCUGGCGGGGAGAGGCGGCGCGUCUCCAUCGGUGUUGAGGUUAUACAUGAGCCCAGAGUGCUGAUUCUAGACGAACCAACUUCAGGACUUGACAGUACUUCAGCUCUUCAGAUCAUUGAUAUGCUUAAAUCCAUGGCAGAAAUCCAGGGCCGGACCAUAAUUCUCAGCAUUCACCAGCCCGGAUUUCGAAUUGUAAAACUGUUCAAUUCCAUUCUGUUAUUGGCUAAUGGCUCGGUUUUACACCACGGCACGGUGGAUUCAUUAUGCCUCAAUUUGAGCUUGAUGAGAUUACACCUUCCUCUUCAUGUCAAUGUUCUUGAAUUUGCUAUAGAAUCCAUCGAGAUAAUCCAACAGCAACAAAUUAAGAAAAGAGAUGAAGAUGAAAGUAGAAGUGGUUUUCAAGGUGCAACCGACGGUAAAUUGACACUUCAACAACUCUUUCGACAAGCCAAGACAGGUUCUCAAAAAACAUUUGUCGAACAAAGGAACUAUUCGCUUAUAGGACUAUCCAAAUGCUGA